UUUGAUUAAAUUGGGAAAGUAUAGGGAAUGCUGAUGCACUAAUUACGCCAAAGGAAGACGAAUUUUUUACGUACUCUUCGAAGUGAAGUAAGCUUACGUAUUGAGUAACUUCAGACCAGCAGAGGAAUUCAUAUUCUACAACUUUCAAAUCUAAGCCGUGGCUGAAAGACACGAAAAAUUUUGUAAUUUUAGUUAUAUUCUACGAUUCCUAAACUAAUCAAGGGAGUUCUCCACUGAGUUUCUCUUGCUUGUGCGGCUUCGAUGCCUUCCUAAUUGGAAAGUUAUAACCAUAAAUUGAAGCAGAUUAAAGAAUUGUUAGCUUGGUUUACUUUCAGGAAACGUAUGAUACCAUUAAAAUUACUAGUUUUAAACACCAGUGAUGAAGAAAGACAACAUCACAAUUUACAUCAGUAAUAAUUGAUACUUUACAUUUAUUGACAAUUAUACACAUUUGUCAUUGAAAUGCCUUUCAAGCCUUACCACCAGACUUUGAUGGAAUGUUCCUAGCUGAAAUAAAUGUAUUUGUGAAUUUGCUAAUUUCUAAAGUACAGACAGGUUUUUUUUAUUGUAAAGCUGGGAGGAGGAGUAGUAAUACUUAAUACUUCUCAAUAACUGGUUGCUUGAUGCCCUUUUUUUGGUCUAUUUUUAUCAAUAUGCUAGAUAUAAGUCAGUAUGUCAUGGUUUACUGAUCUUGCUGGCAAGGCAGAGUUUCUGCUGGAAAAGGUUGAUACUGCUGCAGCUUCAGCACUCACAAAGGACCAGAUUAACCAGGACGGGGGUGUAUUCAGUAAAAAUGUUUUUCCAACAAAACCAGUUGCGAGUUCUGUUUCAACACAGAGACCAAUUCCUGCACCAGUUGUCAACCAAGGAGUUGAUUUUGCAAAGGCAGCCAGUGAGAGCAGUGUAUUAGGUGAGAACUAAUAAACUGCUUACAUCUAUAUUCUCUUUGGAAGCUCUAUUGUCUGUGGUUAAUUUAGCUUCAUGUAAAUUUACAGUUCCUUUUAGUUGUACAUUUAAAGACAGCAGGAUAGCUUGCUGUUGAGCACUUUAUGUCAUUUCACAACCUCUUGGAUGACUUUGACAAACAAUAUUUGGUGUAAAUGAUAAUAAAGAACAUGUGGACCAGUGUCUACUAGCUUUUUGUAAGCUCAUAGUACAUUAUUGUGAGCCACAAGGCACAAUGUCUUCUCUGUCAUGGCUUCAAUAUUGUCCAGAAUAAUUUCACUUGAAUUGAUGUAUUGAAGGCUUUGCUUUGUUUUCUAGGUGGACCUACAGUACCUAUCAAGUCUCGGCUACCUUCUUCUGGUUCUAGGACACCCCCAAGGGUAACAAGAACAGAAAACAAAAAUGAUGAUAAAUUAUUUGAGUUCCUCAAUAGCAAUGUUCCCACUUCUAAGGAAAGGAAACCUAUAAAACCAAAAUUGGUGACUGAAACAUCAUCUGAUGAAGUUGUUAAAGCUAAUGAUACUUCAUUGCUGGUUCAGCAAGAUGCUCCAGAUGGAAGAAUUAAUGAUGGUGAGCAUGUUAAAAAGUUAAGUAGUAUUUGUUGCCCUACAUGGUGGGUUAGACCUUGCUAUGAAAGGCAAUUGGUGCAUUGGACAACAGACAAAGCCUUUUUGUUCAAAAGCUGAAAGACUCUAUUGUGUACAUAAAUUCCUGUUCGUUAGACGAGUGUCAACAAAACAAAACAUGUGAUCCAGUUGACAGCAUUAUUCACCUUUCAAGCAACCUUUUUCUUGUUGUCUUAGUUGAAGUACUAAUUGAGAUCAGUCUGCUUUUAAAUAAGCUUCUUUACUCUUGUGGUAGUAGUUCUAUUGCUCAGGGAUGCAAUAAAGUGCAGUGUUUUAUAAAAAACUACAAUUAAGAGUUUAAAAAAAGCUAGGAAUUAAUAUUGUAUUUGGUUUACCAAUGACCAAAUUAUUGUGAGGGUCUAAGCAUACGUUACCUCCUUUGAACAGAUGAAAACCUCUGUUUAUAGUUAAACUUUUAUUGUUAUAAAAAAGAGAAAAUUUUAAAAAUCAAUCUGGAAGUGAACCUUGAGCUCAUGGAUCAGGGAUUGUUAUUGUGUUUGUUACUAGAUGCUAUUGGAAAGAAUUCAAAUACAGGAGAAAAAGACACAAACAUAUCUGAUGGACUGAGACUAGUAGAACCUCAGGCACAAGACAUGCCUCAGCAUGAAGCUGAUCACCGCAGCCAACCUCCUGCUGAUGAUCGUGUGUCCAACCUUGAAUUUGAAAACACACUUCUAAAGAAGGAAGUAUCAUCACUGAAUGAAGAAAUGGUUUCUGUGGUGCAAAGGGCUAAGGAAGCUGAAAGGAGUAAGUAUUGACACUGAAAAAAGGAAACUCAAAUGAAACCCAGUAAACCUACUAAAUUUUCCUGGUUCCUUACCUGUGGCUUCAUAGUUGUGUUAUUGGUAGCCAGUACUUGGUCGCGAAUAGCACCCAACUAGUAUUGAGAGUCAUUGGUAUGCACUUUGUUGAAGUGUAAAUUUUUCCUAGCUUUUUUUGCCUGCCAUUUCUUCCCUCAAAUUACAUACAGUUGCUUUGAUGUGAGUUGCUGAAUCAUCGAAAUUUGCUCGUGAAAGACUGUUCACAGCUCAUUUAUCCACAUUAAUUAAUUCUAAAGUAAUUUAAUUCUUGACUGCUGGGUAACUUUUACAGUGUAAGUAAGUCUGUAUUUUAUACUUAGAAUGGAAAUAAGUAAAAGCUAGCUUUUUUUUUUUUAAUAUAAAUUGUUCCUAUCUGAAAAGUUUCUUGAUAACUGUAUCACAGGAGUAAAAGAAACAGAGAGACAGCUUCAAAGAAGUCAUCAACAGUUGGCAGCUUCUGAGGAAAUUUCCAGGCAGUUGAGAGGGAAGGAGGAUGAUUAUACAGAGGCACUUAAUGCUAAGGACUCACAGCUGGCUGUGCUCAGGGUCAGGAUACAGGAGUCAGACCAGGAACUGAAGACCAAACAGCAGCAAAUUGAACAGUACCAGUUAGAGAGAGAGAGGUCUUUUAGUAUACAGUACAUUUGACAGUUAUAAUAGUAACGUUAUCCACUGCUUUUCGAAAUCAGAAACUAAACUAUUAAUUGGAAUGCUUCAUUAUCCCCAAAGUUCAAUCAAGUUUGACACCACACCCUUCACUUUCACUUUUGUCAUGUAGAUGUUAACCUAGCAAGUUGAACAGAGUUUAACUUGGUUGAAUUUUUGUGUUUGUGGUUGGUCCACCUGCAGAUGAACUUCACUCAGUAAUACUGAUUUCAUUUGUUAAGUGCCAGUAUUUGUGCAAUUCACCGCUUGAAUUUCAGGCUAAAUUUCAUUCUUAGGAGUUCUUCUCUGCUCUAUAUUUUUGGGCAUUGUUUUUCUUCUGAAGCUAUUGACUGAUAUAUUACUGGUCUAAUAAAAUUGUUAUCUGAACUGGUAAACCUGAGGUCUGUCAUGGAAGACCUCAUUGUGUCAACAUCUGUGGUGCAACACAAGUUUUAGCUUAUGAAGCCUCAGGAUGAUUUUGAAGACUUGUCUUGAAGAGUUCUCAUUUAAAGAUGGAACCAGGGUGUAAGCACCUGCCUGCCUUCAUGUGAGACAGAAAGGAGUUUACUUCUUAGUGUUGUAGUUUUAAUUUUCUUAACUGGGUUACUUCCAUACUAAUGUACUAGCACUUAGAUAUGUAAGAAAACCCUUGUCUUCUCCUUCAGGCUACUUCAGGAUCACUCAGCAUCAACUGGUGUUCACAGUCAUGCAUUGGACACUCUGAAAGCUAAACUGGAAGAAACUGAGAGCAAACUUAAAGCUGAACAGGAAUCUCAAAAGAAACUUGAGGUAUAUGUAAUGAUAAAUACUUCUAUAAGAUUAUAAUGCCUGCUUAUUUAAGGGCUUGCCAGUAUUAUGUGAAAGUUUUUCAAAGGCUUUUUUCUAAAGUUUUUAAGAGUAAAAAAAUGGUCAGGAUCUUUGUGUUGCAGUCAAAUUUGUUAGUGAUCUUGAUAUUUCUUUAAAUUUAUUGUUAUGUCAUAUAAUUUACUGUUAUUAUCUGAAGAAGUUAAGCCACAUUAAUUGAUAAUAUAGUAGAUAAAUGAAUGGCAUGGAAACCUGAUAAUAACUUUAAAGGCUUAUAAACUUAGGUUCCCUUUACUUUCAUUUUUUUUUUAAGAAAGAGUCCAUGGACAGGCAAACGAAGCUAGAAGAGGGACAAGCAGCCUUGGCCGAGUCACUCAAAACUUUGCAGAAGAGAGUCAAUGAAGAGAAGAGUAUCCAUCAGUUCCAUUUAGUUUACUUAAUAAUUUAAAACAAAAUUGAACUAAUUAUAUGGCCUGGCUUAUCAACUGUCUGAAGAUGAGCAAAAUUAGAACUAGUUGGGGUUCGAGUCUUCUCAGGGGAGGGGAGGGGUACUAAGGUUUUUUUUUUUUCACACUCGUAACAGUUAAGAUACUGAGCACGAAUGUUUUUAUGCCCCUUUUCCUGAAUGAACAAAAUUUCUUUUGUUCAAGUUGAUUCUAGCAAAUAUGUUUUUAUCAGUCCUAACUUAAAACGACGAUUCAACUAAAAAUAACUUGUACGUAGGGAUUGAAAUGACUUCUUGUAGUGCAUAGAAUAGUUCCUUACAAUUCUUUAUUUCCGAACCAGUUAUGAUUUGGAUACAUGUUGGAGCUUUUUCUCCUUAGCCAUUGAAUAGAUAAGAACAAUGAGAAUGCUACGGCACUCAAAACAGCAAAAGGAAAUCUAGAAACUGCCAAGCAAGAACUGAAGGACUAUAAAGAUAAAGCAGCCAGAAUUCUUCAGGUGACUGGAUCAUUUUGUUAUUAUCCAAUUGUUUUAAAUUCUUUUAGAAAUAAAACAAAUUAUGGGUUGUGAACCCUUUACAGUGUUAGUAAGAAAAAUCGUUCUACCGUCAGGCUAAAGACAAGGUGAUAGCAAGUCUCCGUGAUGGAAGCAAAGGUGAAGUUACCAGCGGUGUUACUAGUUCAGAAUAUGAAGAGGUCUGUCAUGAGAGGGACAUGUUUAAAGAUGAAGUCAAUCAGGUCAAGUACAAAAUGGAGCAACUCAAGGCUGAUUUACAGGUGAAUAGUGUUUUUCCUUUUUUUAAUCUGCUUUCCGCAAUCACAGCUUUGCGCUGGUUAAAUUCUCUUAAGUCGUCUCAGAUACCUCAACAUUUGGUUUUGUAGUUUUCACGUUUCGCAAUGGACAAUUUUUGCAAAGAAACUUAUUAAAGGAUGUCGCGAACGCGGAAAAAAGUCCAAAGAACCCUGACCAAAGACUAGGUGUCCUUGUGCACACUAAUGACGUAAAACGUCUCCAUAGGCGCUUCGCGCACGUUCAGUAGUCCGAAGAGUUAGCCAUCUUCUCGCUUCAGUCUUCAACCUACCUUCACAGUUAAUAUCCCACCGUCUCGUGCGAGUCACACUGCGCACGGCUCUCUCAAUCAGCACUACUUGUAGACAAGUGUAGUCUGUUCAAAUACCAUACUUGAAUGAGUUGAAACGUUGAAUAGGACUGUGCACUAAGUAUCUGAUCGUUUGAAAAAUAUUGCUUCAUAGGACUUGGAACAACAGCAACAAUCCGAGGCAGAUCUUGCUCGAGAGAAAAUGGAAGAGUUAGAGAGUGCUCUGGAUGACGAAAAAAGAAAAAAAGACGCCUGUGAACAACAAAUUCAACAGCAUCUCCAAGUACGUAAAAGAGAAAUAUUCCUAGCCAGUAUAAACCUAUUUAAAGAACCCACCCAUUAAUUUCUGUCCGAUCUCUUUAGAUAAGAGACCACAUGACCCCUGUUGCUCAAAAGGUGGAUAGCCCCAUCCACUGAAUAAAUCUCUUUCCGACGGAUACCAAAACACGUUUGGUGAACACCUAUCCGUCGUAAUGCUACUCGGGAAGGUUGAAAAUUGUGUUGCGUACAGCAAAUCCUCCAGUAUUUUGUUCCAGCGUGACCUUUGUUGAUGAAUAGCUGUAAUUUUAGCCAUUCAGCAGUUCAGCUGGUAUCCCUUUAUUUAUAAAAAAGUAUCUUUAUCCUGUGCAUUCAAAAUUCGAAUGUUUUUCUUUGUUUUCUGUCAGGACCUGCAUCAGGCCCAAGAUGAGAUACGAGGAAUUAAAAGCAGCUUUAUGAGCCAGUUACAGGUAUCUUUCCGUCAUCGAUAACUGUUUUUUUGUUCUCUUCUGAAUUCUUAUUAAUCUCCGUUCAAUCUCAUUUGGCGUUUUCUUCCAGGAGAGGGAAAAUGAAAUUCAGAAACUUAGAAAUCAGGUUAGUCAAAUUUUAAUCACAGCGAGUCAAGACUAAGACAAACCUUUUGUCUAGAGCGUCAGUGUCAGUUGAUACCUGUGCUGUCAAGCUUUGAAUGUGUAAUUUUUCUUUGUCGUUAUUUUGUCCAAACAAGUUGGAGAUUUAAUGCCGGCAGUGCUAGGCUUGAUUCUGGGUAAGGUCGCUGUUUCCUGACGAUGCUGCAGCGUUUUGUAACCGAAAUUCGAUUAUCAAUUUAUGUUUUUCAGCUUGCAACCAAGGCACUUACGUCUACGAGUGAAGAAGAACUGGGAAACCGAGUCCGAGCGCUGACAGAAAACCUCAUUCAGAAACAAACACUGAUUGAGGCUCUGAGCACAGAGAAGAACUCCUUGGUUUUACAGUUAGAGCGGCUGGAGGUAUGAAAACCUUAAAUCCCACUGAAUAGAUUAUACAACAGCUCCCAGUUGGCUUGUUGGCUCAGUUGUUACAGCAGUACACCGGUAUAGCAGAUGUCAGGAGUUUAACUCCCGUACAAAGCCUGGAUUUUUUUUUCAGGCUUUAUUUUCAAUACUGCUCAAGAAGUGUACAACUGUCACAAAUAUUGCUCAUAAACUAUACGAAACCUAAGGUGAAUUGUCCUUUUUUUAGGGGCGUGGCCAAGGGGGGGUUGGUUUUCCUGAUGUGCCUUUCACCGGUCUCUUCACUGAGAAAAGUGAUAAUUUUUAAUAACAAAACAACCUAUAUUAUGUUAUUUAAUAUAGUGACUGAUCCUGUGUUCUAGUCAUCUCGUACUCAGUAGAAUAAGAACGUUAUUUCUGUAACUAACAUGACAAAAUACGCAUGUUACCGUGGUUUUAUUGACUUGACAACCUAAUCCAAGAUCACCUUCUCCUCCCCCACCCCUUCAAAAAAAUUCACCUACUACACCUUCUGAUAUUAUUUUUCGUCAGGUAGGGGGAGAGGAGGGGAGGGGAAGAGGAGGAAAGCGCGUUCUCUGCAAUUCGCCUGCUGGGCCGGUUGUUCGGCCCUCAUCUACCAUGUAAAAACUUGUCAUUUAUCAAGAUUGCUGAUAAAAUUACAACUUAAGAUAUCCUUCUGGCUCGCUUUCUCUUUUAUUCACUUGUUAUUUUCAAUCUAUAGAAGCAAUACAGAGAUGUACAGGCAUCUACGUCUAAAAUGAUUGCCGGCUCAUCAGCAACUUAUGACGGUUUUGAUGACAACGAUGAAAAUACGCGUAAGUUUACAGCCAUGCUCAGUUUCCGUAUCACGGCUGGGAGACUUUUUCAAGAGAUUAGUCGAUAAAUAAUUUAUUUAUGUGCCCGUCAGGAGAGUCUCAGUAGACUGCAGAGACUUGCGGUUAUUUUAUUGUGCGAGAGGUUUUGGUUCCGAUUGCUAGAUACAUGGGCGUGGUGAUGAACUGCCUCACUCGCAGGAAAGGAAAUGUUGAAAAAACAUUACAAAUACUGCUGGGUUCGUCAUCGAAUCCUUUUUCUCGUUUUGUUUUGUUAUGAAAAGUGCCUGAUAACAAUUUCUUUUUUUUUCUUUUUUUUUUGUAUUUCUCUUGAGUGAUGUUUAUAUUGUCAAGAACUGAGAGGUUAUUACGUUAUCAAAAGGUUAUGCCGCCCCUUCGGGGUCUUGAUGAGGCUUGCGAUUCGCUGACGGCCUCCUUUAAUUUUCAUGUGUUUCUUUAAGCCGAAGUGGCCUGCUGAUAUUAAAUUAGGUCAUUCUUGAAAGAGAGCGGCGGUUUCCUGCGUUACCGCGGUCUGUCUGAUAUCUUCUGUUCUUAUCUAUUUUUAGUGUCACGUGUGAGAUCAAUAUCGUCCAUUAUGCCCUCACAACUUAACGACUCCCGAAAAGUUAAACGAGCUGUUAAUGAAAUCGACAAGUUCAGGCAAGUCCUACUUUUAGAGAAUAGGUGUCACAUCUUAACUCCCCGUGUCAAAUGAAAUGAGUGAAUAAAUAAUACCCUGUAAUCGGGCGUUGUUUUGUACUAAGUAUAAGGGCAAAACAAAGAAGCGCCAAAGUUGGUGGGCGCUGGCCUUCGGCUUUCUCCAAUAUUAGUUUGGCGGACUAAAUUUUGAGCCAUCAAAAUGACCGAGAACCAAAUCUCAUAGAUGAUUUCAAUGUCCAAAGUAUUGGACAUCUAUUUUUUUUCUCCGCCUUGAAACAUUUUAAACGGAUGGACGGAAAUGAAAGUUACGCAUGCGUCUAGCCGUGAAACUUUAGGUGUAGCUACUGCAAGUUAAAUCAAAGGUCGAUUUUUAGUCAGGCCAGAAAUGGGAUUAUUAUCAUUUCUAUUAAAAUGUAUGAGAUCUGUGCGAGGCAAGAAAUUAAGGUUGAAAUGGCCGGUACUCCCAAACCACAAUUGAAAUAAGUGAUUAUAUAUUUUUCGGGCUAAGAAUGUUGAUCCGCUAAAUCCUGGGUUGCCAACUUUUAAGCUUGAAAUUCCCGAUGCCAACUGUGUAGUAGAGACGUUAGAUCCAUUGAGGUAAUGCUUGCAGAUAACUUGUACGAAAUCUAUUUCCUUCUACGUCAAUAUCCGACUUUGGCCAAUACAGUUAGUUAUUCCCUUGAGAAUGGAUCGUUAGGAUUUUUGUGUCAGAGAGGCUUUAUCUUUUCACCUUUUGUCGGUUCCUUUAAGCUUAUUAAUUGCCCGAAGUUUUUUGGUUUUUACUUCGUCCUUUUUAUUUUAUUUUAUUUUUCACUAUUACAAUAUCAUUUUUGCCGCACCACUCACUGAUAAGCGAAAACAAACUCGUUUCUAUUUUUUGAAAUGUUGCUUGAACCUACACGUUGUCACAUCAUUUUAUCCUUUUUUUCAGUAUAAGACUUGGUCUGUUCCUCAGAAGGUAUCCCAUUGCACGGCUCUUUGUCAUCAUUUACAUGGUAAAGUACUCCUGUCUCUUGUAUAUAGCAUAAUCUGUUUCACUCGGCCCGUUCUCUUCUGGACCUUGCCACACAAGUAACUGUAGAUCCUUUGUGCGUCGUUUAUGGCGCGGUCUUGUCUGUACGUCAUCCUCGUUAUGAAAGUGGUGUCUAGAAGUGCUUUGAUGAUAUAUCUAUUUACUCGCAGUGAUGCUUAUCCACAUUGAAUUAAACACUCAAGUUAAAGUGCAAAUGUAUAUCUCUGUUUACUCUUGUGAGGUUAUUGUGGUCAAGGUAAAAUUACCUUUAUUUGGUGGUCAAACCGAUGGAAAAGCUCUCUUUGCGAACAUUAUUUAUCCUAAAUAAUUUAUUUUCAUAGAUAAUUCGGAGUGUGAUCAUUUAUUCCUUACAUCACAUUUCAAUUUCCGGAGGAAAAAAGGCCAACUGGCACUUAACUUCGUUUCUAAAAAUGAAUUUAAGAAGGACUAUUUGUAUAUUUUUGAAUGGGAAACGUUAAAGUUUCGCGUUCUACUUGCUUUCAGUUAAAUAACUGCGCCCAUUUGCUGAGAGAAAGAACUAGAGGGUUAAUUUCGCGAAAUAUUGGUCUCUGAAGACGAUUGUCAAACUUGACACAGUUUGUUGGAGAGUGUUAAGAGUAUAUCAGCCUUCUCGAUUUUACUGAAACCUUUUCCGAAAAUUGGUCUCAUUUCUAUUUAAGUAUUUCUAACGUUAAUGGAUUUUUAAAUUAUUAUUCCCACUCUUUGACGUACUUGAGGAGGCAGUGUCACGGAAUCGACAGAGCAGCAGGUGUAUUUGGUUGGAUAAAUGCGGCUUGUUCGCCAAAACUGUUCAAAUUACACUUUUAGUUCUUUCUUUUGUUUGUUGAUUGAUCUCCAUGUCGAUUCUGGCGGGUGCAACCUAACGACAAUUAUAUUUCUGUUUUCAUGUACGAGGCUUUGUGAUACAUUUUUGUAUUAUUUUCUGUUGAUAUUGAAAUAUAUAUCUCCUGACGCUUCAGUACCUUAGAAACUUUUCUGUCCUUAUUUAUUGUUUUAUAGGUGUUGCUUCAUGUAUGGGUCCUGGUUGUUCUUCUCACCUACCAACCCGAGGUUCAUACAACCAGUUCAGUUCGUCUGCCUCAACCUCCUAAUACUAACUAGCUCUCAAGCGUCACACGAAUAAAGGACACUAUUUAUUUCGAUGAUAAUCCUGAAAAACUAGCAAGUAAUAAUCCGGUGGCUGGCUUAUUACAAAAGGAAACCAUGGACGAAUGUGAAUAAAAGCCUUCUGAGGAAACAACAAUGAGCGUCACGAUACUGAAGAGAUAGAAAGGUAGAGAACUGUUGAUUCAGCACAGAUUACUUAUAUUUAAAAACUUAAAGCUUACCCGGGCAGGUAGUCAGGUCACACUUGGAAUAAAUUCUGACUUUCUUUUAAUUCAGUGUACGAAGAUGAAUGAUGAGAGACAACUUGUUUUAUUGAAAUUGGAAAGAUAAAGAAGCUUGCAAGGUUGGCUGUGAUUAGAAUUUCACAGCGUGUACAUAGAUCACGAAAGAGAGUUUCUAUAUAAAUCAAGUUGCGCCGACAGGUAGACAGUUUACAUGUAAUAAGUUCUACAAAAACAAUCAUACCGAUCAGAUAAGGAUUUUUUUUCUAACACAAACAUAAUUAAAAUCUUUUCGAAAAGUAAUUCCCAACAGGUCAGCUGAAACUUAACGGGCUUACAAUGCACUUAAAAUAUCUGUUUGUCGACACAACUGGUUGAUGCUUGGAACUGUGGCUUCGCUGCAGGAUCCAAGCCUUCUUUGAUUUGAACUCGCUCAAGGAUUUAACCGCAAAAUGAGUGGCUGAUGAGAGAUAGAACGCUCCCAUGGAGGAGGAAUACAGAUUGCGUGAGUUGCACGUGGUGAACUGUUUGACCCCAGCUUUCGUGGCUCGGAUAGUGUAUUAAUUUGUCCCCCUGUUGACCUAGCAUUGCGUUCGAUUAAAUACAAUCCCUGUUUUCAAUUUAAGUGAUAUUUCAGAGCAUUACAAGCCUGAGAAUGCAUCAGUGCUCGACACUGACGUUGAUCAAAAGUUCCAACUUUCCGCCUCCUCUCGCAGUCUAUCAGUUGUGUUGAACUGAUCGACAGAUCUGAGCCAUUCGUGCAGUUUUGCGUCAUUCAUUAUCUCAUUAAGAGUUGUGUUUCCUUGCGGUGAUAUGUCACGAUUCGUUGACUCCUUUAAUAUUCCUACCGAUGUGUGUUUCCUCUUGGGAAAGUUUGCUCGCGUCCACCUUGUUGCAGCUCAAAACAGACCUCGUAUUGUAAUCGUAUGUGAAAACAAGGCACGAUGAAAAUGCUUGAUAUCCAUCAAGAGUUUGAAACACAGGCACAGCUUAAUUAGUUCCUUCACUCAAAACCACAUCGUUGAGCUGAAAGCAGCAGGAGUGAAACCUUUCAAUUAUCACAGUCUCCAACAUCCGCGACACCAUGGUGUUCGAUAAGCACUUCUUAAAUUGAUGACAAUGAAAUUUGUUAUUUUUGCGGUCCGCCAAGGCUUUGAUUAGAAUAAAACACCUCCCAAACAACAAGACUGAAAAAGUGUUUGCUACUCCGAAUGUCAACUCUAUCGUAUAAAUACAGAAGAUUGUUUGUCAACCCCGAGC